UAUUCAUGCGUACCUGUAUAUGGACAAGGAAACAAACCAACAUCAGGAAGUUAGUGCCAUGAGAGGAUGAUUUUGAUCAGAUUUACGUUUGAAUUAAUGGAAUGAAAUCUCGUCAUCCGAUUUAGAUAUCAUCUAAGCAUGAGGAGUUUAAACAAGGCUAUACGAGUUUAAGAAGUGUCUACUGAUGCAUUGUAUUGCCUCUGAAGAUGUGCCAAAGAAGACUUGAUACCUCAAGCGGACUCAGACGAAUUUAAUAUUCCUGUCGCUGAGCUGUGGACGGACGAAGCAUGUGCAUACUCCUUUGCCGUCUAUGGCAUACUCUAACCAGGUGAAUUACAAAUAUCCACAAUUUGACACAUUGAACUCAAAAUCUCAGUCCAUUUUUACCAGAUAGUGAACCAUGACGCAAGUCCCUGGUAUGGAGACCUCUGCCAUCUCCGUCCUGAAACGAGCCGUGGAGCUGGACCAGAGCUCGCGCUUCCAGGAGUCGCUAGUGUGCUACCAGGAGGGGAUCCAGCUACUGAUGGACGUGCUGAAAGCUGUGAAAGAUGACUCGAAGAAAGUCCACUACAGACAGAAGAUAAAGAGCUACAUGGAUCGAGCAGAACAGAUCAAAGUCCAUGUCAACCAACUAAAAGAAGAGGGGAAGUACCAUGAGCAGAUCAGGAUAGCAGACGAUGCUACAGGCUAUAGUUACGAGGUUCUGUUCAGGCCUUACGUAACCGAGGGGCUGACUGAGGUCUGGGUGGAGGACCCUUACAUCCGACAUAUUCACCAGCUGUAUAACUUCCUGAGGUUCUGUGAGAUGCUGCUGAAGGCCAGCUGUAAGGUGAAGAGGAUUCACCUCCUGACCUCUCAGGAAGAGGGGGACAAUUCCUCUCAGCAGGCCAGUGCUCUGUCAGAGCUCAAACAGAGUCUACAGAGCCAGGAUGUGUGUCUGGACCUCCAGUACUCCACUUUUCACGACAGGGAGAUCAGGUUUGACAACGGCUGGAUCAUCAAGAUAGGAAGAGGACUGGAUUACUUCAAGAAACCAAAGGGUCGUUUCUCCAUCGGCUACUGUGACUAUGACCUGAGGCAGUGCCAGGAGACCACAGUGGAUAUCUUUCACAGCAAACACACUAAGACAUUAUAACACCUUUGGAACUGGAGUCUAUGGCUACACUCCAAUAUGCACAGUAGCAUACCACUUAGAACGCAUGUCCAAUACAUUGCUCUAUUGUAAGUUAAAUGCAAGUGUGGAUAGGCCUAUUGGAACAGAGGGGGUCUCUUUCUAAAUGUCUCCCCCUCUGUCCAGUGUGUGUACCUGUAAAAGACAUACCAAGUGCCUUUUUUAAGUCUACAUGAUCAAUCAUGUAGUUUGGUCUGACUGGGUUGUUUUUUGGGGGCUCCUAAUGCUUAUUAUGUGUAUCUGUGGACAUUGGACCUGAAUGGUGGAUCCAAACGAUAGUUUGGUCAUUUCUGAAUCUUUUCUUAACCCGUUUUUUUUUUUUUUUAACAUAUGCAUAUUCAUUAAAAGUGUACAUAACAUUUAGAGUUCUCAGAAUUUCUGGAAACUGAUUGUUUUCAUUUCAUUUUGUGAAAGUAGAGUACCAGCCAAAAGUUUGGACGCAGUGUGAAGGAAAGCAGCCAACAGGUGCUCAGCAUGUGUGGGAACUCCUUCAA